AACGCCAGUCAUAUUAUUACGGUUAACGCCAGUCAUAUUAUUACGGUUAACGCCAGUCAUAUUAUUACGGUUAACGCCAGUCAUAUUAUUACGGUUAACGCCAGUCAUAUUAUUACGGUUAACGCCAGUCAUAUUAAUACCGGUAACGCCAGUCAUAUUAUUACGGUUAACGCCAGUCAUAUUAUUACGGUUAACGCCAGUCAUAUUAUUACGGUUAACGCCAGUCAUAUUAAUACCGGUAACGCCAGUCAUAUUAUUACGGUUAACGCCAGUCAUAUUAUUUCGGUUAACGCCAGUCAUAUUAAUACCGUUAACGCCAGUCAUAUUAAUACCGUUAACGCCAGUCAUAUUAUUACCGUUAACGCCAGUCAUAUUAUUACGGUUAACGCCAGUCAUAUUAUUACGGUUAACGCCAGUCAUAUUAUUACGGUUAACGCCAGUCAUAUUAUUACCGUUAACGCCAGUCAUAUUAUUACCGUUAACGCCAGUCAUAUUAUUACCGUUAACGCCAGUCAUAUUAUUACCGUUAACGCCAGUCAUAUUAUUACGGUUAACGCCAGUCAUAUUAUUACCGUUAACGCCAGUCAUAUUAUUACGGUUAACGCCAGUCAUAUUAUUACGGUUAACGCCAGUCAUAUUAUUACGGUUAACGCCAGUCAUAUUAUUACCGUUAACGCCAGUCAUAUUAUUACCGUUAACGCCAGUCAUAUUAUUACCGUUAACGCCAGUCAUAUUAUUACCGUUAACGCCAGUUUUCUUUAUUACGAGCACAAUUAUCUUGCGGCUUUGGCCUUCCCAGCCUAAGCUUUGUGCUGUAUUAACUUUGCAAUAUAAUAGUAUUGGUUUAUUACACUUUUUCUUGUUUAAUUUCGGCUAUUCUUAAUAGACAGUUUAAUCCAGUCUUACUUUGAGCACAGUUGCUUACAGUUGGACACACUACUUCUGCUGCGGUUCUCCUUGUGCGCCGUUGAUGUUAUUUACUAUAUUCAUAUAGUUAAUUCUAACUCAUAUUUCUUGUCUUGCCUUGUGAAUUGCAGCCUUCGCCUAUUUUCUUUACCCUACACUUUCCUGAGUUGAACUUUAGCAGCCUUUUCUAGACCUUUCCUCCAGUUUGUCCAGGUCUUCCUGUAGUAGUGAAUGUCUGCGAUCACCUGCAAGGUGACUUAGUGUUGUCUACAAGACGACUUCUGGAUGUCUGCACGAUGCCUCCUUGUUGGUGCCUUCCUGUUCCAGGAUGAUUACAAGAUGAUCUCCAGUUGGCGUCAGGACGAACCCCAGACGACUCCUAGCUGCUUUUCAUGUUGACUGGUGGCAAUAUAUUAUUUAUUACAUUAUCUAUAUUUAUUUAAGUUUUGUUCUAUACAGUUCAGGUUUAUGGUUACCUCUCUUCCCCCCCCCUCUGCUAUUAUUUGUAAUUAUUGAGUUUAUUCUGGGUUUUUCUGCUACUAUAUUAUUGUUCCUAAGCCUACUUGGCGUAUGGUCUUCGGUUUCAUCGGUGGAGUUGGCCGGGUUAUUCUCCACUUGUUACUAUUUGCUAUUGAUGUUAGUUAUAGUCACUUUUAGUGUUAAUGAUCUCAUGUCAAUUCCCCUUUUGGCUUCUGGCCUCGCCUAACGCCAUGAAUGUUGUUCCUACUGUAUCAUACUAUUACUAAUUUAAGUUCUUUAUUAGUAGGUUCGGGUUUUAGUUGCCUUACUUCUACCCUUCCUCUGCUUUACUUGUUAUCGUUUUCUUUGGAUUACGGCUCUGUUAUUGUUUAUGCUUAUUUAGCAUAACGGUCUUUGGCCUUUAGGGUAACGAGCACUAUGCUGGCGGCGUUACUUCUCAUAUUAUAUUAUUACUUUCAUUUUCUUUACUGCCAUACCCCCCCUUUUGUGGGGCACUUUUUGCAGUCCUGCCUUUUCCUUAGUCAAGGCAUCCGUAGUCCCGGGCCUUACCUGGGCACGUCAGUCAUGCCCUCGGACGGCCCUGACCUAGGCCCCUUAGCUGGGCCAGUCCGUUACGCCCUUAGCCGGGACCCCUGUGGAGCCCUUAGCUGGGCGGGCCCACCCUACCCUGUUAGCGGGCUAAUGGUCGUGCGACCUAGUAUUUUGGAAGGAGUAUUUGCGCUUAUCCUUCUAGUGCUUAUGUCUCUCUUUUACACUCUUCUUAGUGGAACCUUCACGUUAUAUUUGUAAUGUACUAUUUAUUGCUUAUAAAUAGUAAUCCUGCUCUCCAGUUAUUAUCCAGUCCUAUCUUUGCACUUAGACUGUUUCAGUUCAACUUUCUACUUAGUAUCCGCACUUUUUCCCUGUGGCUUAUUGUCGUUAUUUAUUAUGUACUAAAUUGUUGUAAAUUUAUAUCACGGUUACAGUCCAGUAUUUUAUUUUAUUUUUAUAUAGAGUUGAACUAUUAUACGGCAUUGGCUUCCCAGCUCCCAAGUUUUGCAUUAUUUGGUAAUAACUUUGUGAGUUCAUAGUACUGGAUUAUUGCGUAUUUCAUGUAUUAAAUUUGUCUAUUUUAAAAACCCUAAUCUGUGGCCCAUUGUCGUUAUCUUUGUUACGUUUUCUCUUAAUGUAUUCUAAAACCGUUUUGGCCUGCUCACCGCCGCUCAUCGUGCCUGCCUCUACGAAGGGCUCGUCCAGUAACGGGUUCUCAGCCCCAGCUCCUAGUAUGGGGGGGGGGAGUAUUCAAGGAAGACUGAGGACUCUGGCGGCGGCGUCACGGGGUCAACAACGCAGCCGCGCCUGGAUGCAGCAGCCCGGGGCCCAAGUUAUUUGUGCUAUAUAUAUCUAUAUUAAUUAUUUCCUAUACUAAUUUAGAGUAUUGCUAUUUAUUUUAUUAUUCCCUUCUCGUUCAGCAUUAAUUUAUUAUGGGUCUGGGAGUUAGUUUACUAUUUUCGACCACUUCUACGUGGCACUUUCGACAUUAUCUGUUAAUUUUACUAUAUUAUUAUAUUAAUUACAUAAUUAUUUUACAUAUACGGAUCCCUAGCCUUACUGGUGACCAUUUCACCUUGCCUCAUAUCACCAGAUCUUGUUGAAGUUCUUGGGGUACUGCUGCUCUCAGAAUGGUCAUUGACACUCCAAGACUGAACUCAUCGGCGCCUCUUAAGGCAGUUUCUUAGGCUAACUAUUCAGCUCUAGCAUGCAUCCGGAGGCCAACAUACGAUGGAGAUCACUGUAACGGACUCGGUUACCAUCCUUAUAACUUGUUGUGUUCGUGUCGCUCUGGACGCAAGCAUGUUGCAGUAACGCCUUAAGACCUGUUUCUUAUAUUUGGUUUAUUGUUUUAUUUAUAUAUGAAUUUGAUAUUAUAUAUAUAUUGGUCAUAUAAAUAUUGAUUAUGUUGGGCUGUUCUAUUGUUUUAUAUUAUUAUAUUUGAUUAUAUUUGAAAUGAGUUAUUACUUGCUAGAUUACCCCCCCCCCCCUGGAUCAUCUUCUGCCUUUGCCUCAGAUACGGUAACUGGUUACCCGUCACCCCCCCCCCCCCUUUUCUUCACAUGUCUGGGUUUUUCCCGCUAAAGUUCUGUCGGUUUGAUAGUUACCUUCGCUACAGUCUAGUUUCCUGGAAGAUGUUAUUCUCUUCCUUUCCCCUGUGAGUUUGCUCUAGAGACUCCUAUCCUCUGUGUCAGUGUUCCUUUUCAGAGUUUUCCUCGGGGUAUCUUCCUGACUUUAUCCAUUAAUGACACUUGCCCAGUUCGCUUCCGAAAAUGUCCCCCCCCCCCCUCUUACAAACUAAUUCCAGCAGUACCCUUAAGGGGUAGGUUCCUUGCCCGUCACGUUCCUACUGCAUGCCCGCUUCAGCACACCCUUACUGCUUUAAUACUUCCAGAACCGACUAUGGAAGGCGCACAAGGUACACCAUAGAUGAACGAGGAAAAGGGAUGGAGCCUGAGGGCAGACUACUGCACCCAUGAAGUCGACACCCUCACCGCUGUGGGGCGGGCCGCAGCGACAAUGACGGACACGGGGUCGACCCUGGGGAGUCGGCCUCGGUGUAGGCGGCUUCCCACUUCCCACACCCGCCCUGAGGCCAGCCUUACAGGAUUGGUCCCUGUGAGGGCGGGCUCCAGCGAUGACCAGUCUUACGACAUCGUGCACAGCGCCCCUACUUGGGUGUACAAUCCCUGUUCAACUCCCUGCUUACUCAACACAAAGCUGCUAUUAGGACAAUAUCCAAUUCUGACCCCAGACAUCACUCGACGCUGCCGCCCUUGUUCCUGCGAGAAGCAGGCCUCGCCGAGACGCCGACAACAGUUCCCGCGCACCUCCUGCCCUGCAACUGUGAGGACCCUAUUCAACUCCCUGCAGCCAGCGACGAGGCGUACUUACAGGGCUAAGUGGGUGGAGUACGCCGCCUACGUCUCGGCAGGGCGGCGAGGAGAAUGCCCCUUUGAUGCUGCACCUUCGACUCUGGUGAACUUCCUGCAAUCUCUGCUCUCGCGGGGCCUGGCUUACCGCUCUCUGCACGCCUAUCUAGCGGCCAUCGCCUUCGUCUGCAAGCUACACGGUAGGAGGGACCCAACUCGGCAGUUCCUGGUCACCCAACUCCUCAAAGGGGCACGUAACUCCGCACAGCGGGCCCCUGCACGGCGUCUCCCUGUGACGAGGAGCCUCCUGCAUCGCCUGCUGCGGGCACUGGGAGGCGUAUGUAACUCUGCCUAUGAGAAGUCUUGCUACAGGGCGCUCUUCUCCCUGGCUUUCCACGCCUGCCUACGCCCGGGUGAGGCGGUCUACGUGGAGCAUGGACGACACACGCUCAACCUUGAGCAGGUAUCACUUACGACGGCAGGAAUAUAUUCUGUUUGGCAAUAAAUCCUCUAGUCAUAUAAAUCUCAAAAUAAACAAUACCCAAAUUUGUAACAAAUUAGAUGGCAAAUUCCUUGGCAUUCUCAUUGACCAC